AUGGGGACCCCGCGGGCGCCGUGGCCGCUCCUCUGGGCCGUGCUACAGCUGGGCUGCUGGCCAGGAUGGCUCCUAGAGGCCUCCAGCAGGCCCUGGAGCACCCUCACCUUCUCCCCCGCCCGGCUGGUCGUGCCCGAGGGGGCAAACGCCACCUUCACCUGCAGCUUCUCCAGUAAGCCGGAGCACUUCGUCCUCAACUGGUACCGCAUGAGCCCCAGCAACCAGACAGACAAGCUGGCCGCCUUCCCCGAGGACCGCAGCCAGCCCGGCCGUGACCAGCGCUUCCGCGUCACGCCGCUGCCCGGUGGGCAGCACUUCCUCAUGAACAUCGUGGCUGCCCAGCGCAACGACAGCGGCGUCUACUUCUGCGGGGCCAUCUACCUGCCCCCCCGGACGCAGAUCAACGAGAGCCACCCCGCGGAGCUCACAGUGACAGAGGGGGUCCUGGAGCCGCCCACGGAGCCCCCCAGCCCCCAGCCCAAGCCUGAAGGCCAGAUGCAGAGCCUGGUCAUCGGCGUCACUAGCGUCCUUCUGGGGGUCCUGCUGCUGCUGCUGCUGAUCUGGGUCCUGGCUGCGGUCUUCCUCGGGGAGACUCGAGGUGACGAGUCCCCGAAGGCUCUGCCCCCUGCCCCCUCCCUCACCUCCUGCCCUGUUCCUAUCCCCUCUAAGGAGGGCUCCCCCUCUGUGCCGGCCGUCACAGUGGACUACGGGGAGCUGGACUUCCAGUGGCGGGAGAAGACCCCGGAGCCCGCGGCUCCCUGCGUCCCCGAGCAGACGGAGUACGCCACCAUCGUCUUCCCAGGCCGCAGGGCGUCUGCCGACAGCCCGCAGGGGCCCUGGCCUCUGAGGACCGAGGAUGGACACUGCUCUUGGCCCCUCUGA